AUGCCAAACUCCAACCGAUUUUCGUCAUGUUUUCGAUCAUCUGAUGCAUCCCGUACGGAUAUCGAUGCAAAAGCUACAGAUCGGCCAAGGCCUCGAUGUCCCAACGAUCUCUGGGGCAGAAGCUGGGGAGAGGUGGAUCGCAGCCCCGAGCCCGUUCAUUGCCAGACGCUUAUCAGCCAGUCGAUCACACUUCACUCGACCAAAUUCGUCUCGCCUCUCCAGAGUCCGGGUCUCUGCUCUGCGGACACCAAAAGACCCAGAUCCCCAGAGAGAGGCCGAGAUGUCCAAAGGACUGGUAAUUGGGCUCCUGCUCAGAUGGAUCCCGCCCACAGCCUGUCGCCAUGCCCCUCCCUCCUCAUUCUCCCGCUGUCUCCGCCUCCAUCUCGUUUUGGAGGCAUCUCGAGGCUUAACAAUGGCUCGUGGCCCCAGAAUACAGGCCCCAAGGGGUCGACGAUGGAGCCUGCCUGA